AUGAAUAUUUCAAAAUUAAAAAAUGAAAAUGCUGAAUUACGAGAGACAGUAAGAACAUUAACAAAAGAAGUUGAAAAACUUCGUGCAUCUCGACCUUUAACACCACCACAUGAUUCACCAUCAAAAGUUUUUUUUGAUAAUGUUAGUCCAAAUGCCAAAAAACGUGCUGCAUUACGUCUUAAAGAUAAAAAAGAAAAUCUUUCUCGUGGUAUAUCAGAUCAAAUCAAACAUAAAUUUGGUAUUAAUCUUUCAAAACGAAGUGCACCAAAAGAACCAUCACAGUCAUCACUUCAAACUCAGAUUGAAGAUUUUCUAUCUCGUGACGACAUUUCAAAGUUAUGUCCUGAUAAACACAAACAAAUCGAUGGUCAUCAAAUCCAAUAUCGUCUUAAUCACUUGAACAUACUUCAUCAACAAUUCGAAUUAGAAAGUAAUAUUGAUAUUGAUUAUGUUACAUUUACACGAUAUGUUCCAUCUUACAUCCAAAAACCUAAUCAUGAUAGUUGGAGAAGCUGCUUAUGUAUAAUAUGUCUAAAUCCUCAACUCAAAUACGAAAAAAUUGCACCAAUUGAAGAAUAA